CAGUUUCAAGGCAUCACAACAAGUUAUUUUCCUUUUAGGUUAGGGCGUAUGACAGUGUUGAUCAAGAGUUACCAAAUAUUUAAUUUCUUCAAUUUCUAUCAAUUACUCUUAUUCCCUAAUAAGUUUCAAUGGUUAGAAGCCCAGAGCGAAGAUCUCGCCGAUCUAGAUCCAGAAGUAAAGAACGGUCCACUAAAAGUAGUCGUAGAAGGAGCAGGUCUCGAGAUCGGGACAGGCGAAGAAGUCGCUCAAAAGAUAAGGUUACCAGUGAGAGAAAUAGGUCAAGAGACAGGGGAAGAAACAGGAGCCAGUCUCGGGAUAGAUUCAGGCGAGAUCGGGAUAGAAGUAAAUCUAGAGAUAGGGAUAGAGACAGGGGCAGGGAUCAUAGAGAUAGAAGAGCUGGAAGUAAAGACAGGAAAAAAAGAAAAAACUCUAGAUCGCGAACACCAGAAAAAAAAGAUGAUUCGGGGUUGUCGUUUGAUCCUGCAAACUUGGAUAAGGAAGAAGAGCAAAAAAAACUGGAAUUAGAGAUGCAAAAGCGGCGAGAACGAAUAGAGCGAUGGAGGGCUGAAAGAAAAAAAAAAGAGCAGGACUCUGUGAAGAAGGAAUCUAAAUCGGAUUCCUCAAAUUCAUCACAAGGAGCAAUAAAGAAAUGGUCUUUAGAAGAUGAUUCUGAAGAUGAGGAUAAAAUGGAUGAUAAGUCGGAGGUGAAAAAAGAGGAAGAAACCGUCAAGGAAGAAAAUGGAAAAGUCGAGGAGGUUGAGAAGAAAGAGGAGCCAGAAGAGAAACCCACAAUUGACACUGAAAAAAUGGAAGAAGAUGAUGAAGAAGAGGAUGACGAUGACGUCGAUCCUCUGGACGCAUUUAUGCAAGGUGUACAAGAGGAAGUAAGAAACAUUAAUAAAAUCCAUGUGAAAAAGGGCAAUAAAAAUGGGUCUUCCAAAAAAGGGUCACUUGUAAUUGUGACUGGGGUGGCAAAGAAAAAGGUAGACAAAAAUAAAGGAGAACUUAUUGAGCAAAAUCAAGAUGGAUUGGAAUAUUCUUCAGAGGAAGAAGCAGAAGAUUUGAAAGAUACAGCAGCGAAUAUAGCAAAUAAACAAAGGAAAGAUUUAGCUCGAAUAGACCACAAUAAUAUUACAUAUGUUUCAUUUAGGAAGAAUUUCUAUGUAGAAGUUCCAGAAAUAGGCAAAAUGACUAAUGUAGAGGUAGAUGCAUAUAAGGAAGAAUUAGAAGGAAUUAGAGUCAAAGGUAAAGGAUGCCCAAAGCCAAUAAAAACAUGGGCGCAAUGUGGAGUUUCAACUAAAGAGCUCAAUGUUUUAAAGAGGAUGGGCUUCGACAAGCCUACGCCAAUUCAAACACAAGCGAUUCCCGCUAUAAUGUCUGGAAGAGAUCUUAUCGGCAUAGCGAAAACUGGAAGCGGCAAAACUCUAGCUUUCCUGUUACCGAUGUUUCGACAUAUACUCGAUCAGCCUCCACUGGAGGAAACCGAUGGGCCUAUCGCAAUAAUCAUGACUCCCACUCGGGAGUUGUGCAUGCAAAUAGGCAAAGAUAUCAAGAAGUUUACAAAAAGUUUAAAUUUAUAUGCAGUGUGCGUGUAUGGAGGUACGGGAAUAUCCGAGCAAAUUGCAGAAUUGAAGCGAGGUGCCGAGAUUAUAGUCUGUACCCCUGGCCGCAUGAUCGAUAUGUUGGCAGCAAAUAGUGGAAAAGUUACAAAUUUAAGACGAGUUACUUACAUAGUUUUGGAUGAAGCUGAUAGAAUGUUUGAUAUGGGAUUUGAACCGCAGGUAAUGAGAAUCAUAGACAAUGUGCGCCCAGAUAGGCAAACUGUUAUGUUUAGUGCAACUUUUCCAAGGCAAAUGGAAGCUCUGGCACGCAGGAUUUUAAUGAAACCUAUCGAGGUUCAAGUGGGAGGGCGAUCAGUUGUUUGUCAAGAGGUUGAGCAACACGUAGUUGUAUUAGAAGAAGAGCAAAAAUUCUUGAAACUUUUGGAGCUUUUAGGACUUUUUCAAGAGCAAGGAAGUAUUAUUAUUUUUGUGGAUAAGCAAGAAAAUGCGGAUAUUUUGCUGAAAGAAUUAAUGAGGGCAUCAUAUAAUUGCAUGAGCUUACACGGAGGUAUAGAUCAGUUUGAUAGGGAUUCCACGAUUGUUGACUUCAAGUCUGGAAAAAUAAAAUUAUUAGUGGCCACUUCGGUAGCUGCAAGAGGUCUUGAUGUGAAACAACUAAUUUUGGUUGUUAAUUACGAUUGCCCAAACCAUUAUGAAGAUUAUGUGCAUAGAUGUGGAAGAACGGGGAGGGCUGGAAAUAAAGGGUUCGCCUACACUUUUAUUACUCCUGAACAGGGCAGAUAUGCGGGCGAUAUAAUUUGGGCCCUUGAGUUAGCAACUCUCCAUGUGCCUGAAACCUUGAGGAAGUUGUGGGAUGAUUACAAAUCGAAAUUAGAAUCAGAAGGAAAAAGAGUGCAUACUGGGGGUGGUUUUAGCGGCAAAGGUUUUAAGUUUGACGAGAACGAAGCUGCAGCUGUAAAUGAGCGGAAAAAGUUCCAGAAGGCUGCUUUAGGUUUGCAAGACAGCGACGAUGAAGACUUGGAACAGGACAUUGACCAGCAAAUUGAAAGCAUGUUUGCAACCAAACGAACUGUAAAAGAAAUUAAGGCUCCUCUCGGAAUUAGCCCAGCAGCUGCAGCUGCUGCCGCCCAAGCGUCGGCGAAUUCUAGCGGGUCAGCUGUUAAUAAACUGGAAUUGGCUAAGAAGCUUGCGUCGAAAAUCACGUUUACGAAAAGUACAAAUUUUGAUGCCAAAUUCGCUACGCAACAAGCCGCUGAGUCUAUUCUCAAAGGUAGCAGUUCUGCACUUCCAAUAACAGCAAAGACGGUGGCUGAGCAGCUAGCGGCGAAACUGAACAACAAAUUGAACUACCAGCCCAAAGACGAUGAAGAUCGUAUGGACGAAGACACCGAACAGACGUUUAGAAAGUAUGAAGAAGAGUUGGAAAUUAAUGACUUCCCACAACAAGCCAGAUGGAGAGUUACAUCAAAGGAGGCAUUAGCACAAAUUUCUGAAUAUUCAGAAGCCGGUAUCACCGUGAGAGGUACUUAUGUUCCGACUGGAAAAGCACCCCCAGAAGGGGAGCGCAAGUUAUAUCUUGCAAUUGAAAGUACUUCAGAUAUGGCAGUUUCCAAAGCCAAAUCGGAGAUCACCAGAUUAAUCAAGGAGGAAUUGCUCAAGCUGCAGACGUCCGGGCACCACAUGAUUAACAAAAAUAGAUACAAAGUAAUUUAAAAUUUUCCAAUGAUUAUAUUCAGGUAUUCAGUGUCUUUAUUAGACACACUCGGAUUUCAAAUGCUUCGAUUUUAUCGACAAUGUUUGAGUACAUUCUUUUGGUUUUAUCGAUCAAUACGCGUUAUAUAUUGUUGAGGUGUUUGUGUAUAACUUUACCACUUAAGAAAGUUUGUGCACUGUACAUUAAUAUCUAUACUAUGUACAAUAUAUACAGACAUUUUUCCUAAUUGAACCUCUAUUUAAAUUGUGCGCGAUUAAAUUUAAUACAAUCUGCAAUGUAAAAAUCGUGUUGACUUUUAUGAUGUGUAGAAAUGAAACAUUUUCUAUUAAAUAAAAUUUUAGCUAGAA